CCAAAACAAAGAAAAAAAAGAUAAUAAAAUUAAAAAGAAAAAAAAAAGAGAAAAAUGAGUUCGAUUAGCAGAGGAAUAGUUUGUGUGUGGCUCUGUAAACCCUCUCUUUCUUCUUCCUCACACUCACACUCUAAGCUUCUCAGCUUUAGCUCUCUCACACUCACUCCUCACUCUUCUUCCUCACCCCUCAAGGCUAAUCCUACUAUGGCCACCCCUGAAGGAGCUGCAUCCUCCUCUUCCUCCGCUUCUGCUUCCUCCGCCAUUGAUUUUCUUUCCCUUUGUCAUCGCCUUAAGACAACUAAGAGAGCUGGAUGGGUGAAGAGAGAUGUUAAGGAUCCGGAAUCUGUAGCUGAUCAUAUGUAUCGAAUGGGUGUUAUGGCUCUUAUUGCUAAAGAUAUUCCUGGUGUUGAUAGAGACAAGUGUAUUAAAAUGGCUAUUGUUCAUGAUAUUGCUGAAGCCAUUGUUGGGGACAUUACCCCUUCUGAUGGGGUCUCAAAGACUGAGAAGAGCAGAAGAGAAAGAGAAGCACUUGAUCAAAUGUGCAAACUACUUGGUGGAGGAUCAAGAGCUGAGGAAAUAGGUGAACUAUGGAUGGAGUAUGAACAAAAUUCUUCACCAGAAGCUAAAAUUGUCAAGGACUUUGAUAAGGUAGAGAUGAUACUUCAAGCUUUAGAAUAUGAAAAUGAACAAGGAAAGGACUUGGAUGAGUUUUUCCAGUCAACUGCUGGGAAGUUCCAGACAGAAUUAGGCAAGGCUUGGGCCUCAGAGAUAGCAUCAAGAAGAAAAAAGCAAGAAUAAUUUCUUGAUUUAAUUUCUUUUUUUCACUUUAUCUUUAAAUGACACUUUGAAUCUUAGCCAACAAAUUGAUGCUACUGAUGAUGGAAAGUUAAAGGUUGUGGUUGCCUACCAUGGCAUUUAGCCAGUGGCUCCAGGAACUCUCAGGUAAAAGAUUAGACAACCAAAGACUAUUAUAUUACUCUACUAAUAACUUUACAUGUCACCAAUAACCACUCACAAUUCAGAAUUUUGACUAUUUGUUUUU